GUCCCAGCUGUGAACCAGCUGAAGCUGCAAAGACAGGGGUGCUAAGAAGCAGAUAAGCACUUCUGAAAGAUGAUGCUGCAAACCCUGUUUCCCCAGCCUCUUCCAGCGAGUCCUUACGUCUAUCCACAUGAAAAGGAGUAGGGAUUAAGCUCCAUCUCUUGGAGGGAGAGGUGUCAUGGGUUUUUGGAAGUUCUCCCCCUCCCUGGCUCUCAGCAUCUUGGUCCUGUGCCAUGUGGGCAGCCUCCAGGCAGCACCAUUCAGGUCUGCCCUGGAGAACAGCACAGACAAGGCUACUCUGAGUGAGGAGGAAGCACGCCUCCUGCUGGCUGCACUGCUGAAGGACUUUGUGCAGAUGAAGCCCAGGGAGCUGGAGCAGGAGACAGAGACAGAGGGCUCCAGAGUCACUGCCCAGAAGAGAGCCUGCAACACGGCCACCUGCGUGACCCAUCGGCUGGCCGGCUUGCUGAGCAGAUCAGGGGGCGUGGUGAAGAGCAACUUCGUGCCCACUGACGUGGGCUCCAGGACCUUCGGCCGGCGCCGCAGGGAGCUGCAGGCCUGAGUCACUGAGUGUCUCCAGGCAGAAGGUUACCAUGAAGAUGGACUCACUACUUACAUCUCUGUUAACAACUUGGUGAAAGGCUGAUGGAAGAUACAUGGUUGCAUUCUAAUAGAUAUUGAAAAAAAGCACCUUUGCCAUUUGAAAGGAAUGAUACAAUGUAAAAUAAGUGAAUUCCUUAUUU